AUGUUUUAUCAUUUGCAGUGUCUUGAAAUUUGUGAGCGAAAAAAAGCAUCAGAAGACAGUUGGACAGAACAGGUGAUCGGUGCACCUUUAAUAAGCAAUCCAGUACAAGUACCUGAUCAAAAUAAUAUGUAUAUUGCACGUUAUGAUAAAGAUGGAUUGGUAUAUUUUGGAGGAGCAUGGAAUGAAAGUGGCGUGGUACAGUGUGAAUUUGCUUGUGAACAAGUGAAAUUAAAAGGAGCAGAUAUUGGUGAUAAAAUUUGGGUACCAUAUCUGCCUUAUUAA